ACCAACACAACAUAGCAAAGAUAUUGAGCUAUUAGAUCCAAUAAAUGAUGAUUUGAAUGAUUCAUAUGAAGAAAUAUUUAUCGAAAGUGAUAAUGAAGAAUUGCUUGAAUUAAAUAUUGAAAAAACUGAUAGUGAAACGGAUAGUGCAGAGA